CAAAGAGGAUGAUGAUCUAGCAAUGUGAUGUUGGUUUAGGGCCCAUUGGAAAUCUACUCUGCCAGGACCUAGAAAGGAUUUAGAUACCCCAAAUCGUCAUCUCUCACCUUUUUGUUUUUUGUUUUCCUUCCUAACCUUUCCAGGUUGCUUUUUGAGCAUUUCAGGGCAUGAAAAAAGAUGGCUGAACAUUCAAAUUCUCAGGAGCUGGAAAACAACAGCUGGGUGAUCACAGGAGCAGAGACUGCCCCUGUGGAAGAUCUCAGCUUUGAAGCUUCUGAAGAAACCCAGUUAGAAGCUUCUUCGCACGAGAGCGAGCUUUUCGUGGACAGUGCAGACCUGGAAGAAGAUAAAUCAAAGAGCCAGGAACCAGAAGGUGACCUGAUUCCCACAGAUCCUUCCAGCCAAGAAUCUACUCUCUUAUUGCUGGAUGAAGAGAAGACAGAGGACAACCUGCGGCCCGAGGAAGGAGGCUUCCAGCUCUCACAAUCACUCCCAACAGGUGCCCCCAAAGAUGAGCUGAAGGUUUCUUCCGGCAUCGGGGAAGAGGUGGGGUCCCCUGAAGCCGACGUCGAGGGGCUGCGCCGACGUAAAGGCCGGGUCGACGUCCAGCAGGUGGGGGCGGAGCUGACCCACGACCAGGCUAAGGAAGCUCCGGAGGACGAGGACAAUGGGCUUUCCAGGGUGAAGUGGCUGCUGGCCGUUUUAGCUGUUGUGGGUUUUGGAGUCUUGGCCACGUUGGGGAUCUUCCUUGACACCGAGGACGGGGGCUUUGACAUGCUGAACCUGGGGCUGAGUCCUGACAGAGAAGAGCCGUAUCCCGCCAAUGGUGGACAGCUCCAGGACUGGUCACCCUCUCUGGGCUCAGCGAAGGAUGCUCCACUCCACGCAGGCAAAGAAAACCUUUCCGGGGAUCCGAAGAGCUUGGAUGCCAUGGGAGUCUUGCUGGACAAAUUAGCCAAGGAAAACCAGGAUAUCCGACUGAUGCAGGCUGAGCUUCAGGCCCAGAAAGAAGAGCUGGAGACUUUACUGCAGAGAUCCCAAGACAAGAAUUUGGCCGUCGAUUCCCUGCAGCAGGAUUUGGCCGCAGAAAACGAACGUUUGGCAGAAACCUUGAAGAAGGAGACGGCCGCCCUCUCGGCCGCCCAGGGUGAACUCCAGCUUCUCCGGGAAAAGGUCCGCAGGCUGGACACGCCGGGUGAUGCCAAAUCCCGCCAGCAUCCCGCCGGAGAAGACCCCGUCGCUCGCCGCCCGCCGGGCAAACUCGAUUUUCAGGAAAAGGAGCUCCGUCGUCUACGUUCCUUGCUGGUUUCCGUCCGUCAAGAUUUGGGAAAGCUGGUGCAAAAAGCUCCCCUGGAGGAAUUGAAAAACCUGGAGCAGAGGCUGGGCAAGGAGCUAGACCUCAGGGAGGCCGAGAAAGAGAGCAGCAAAGCGACUAAGCAGGGCAAAGCGAAACCGUGGCAGAAGAAACCCCAAGGGGAAGAGAGAUUUCGACACCAGGACGCCGGGGAGCCCAAAGUGGCCAACCAGAAGGGACCCCACCCUGCUAAGAAACACCAAACGAAGCCCCCCAAAGGAGGGGACCCCCAGAGGGGACCCUGCAAAGCCCGAAAACCCCAGGAAUUGUGGGCGGCGCUGGCCAAACAUCCUUUCCCCGCCCCGCAAGGCUGUUCUGGGGUCACCGAAUGCGCCCACCAGGAGGGUUUCUUGGCCCCCAUUCAAAAGGCCCCCUUCCUCAAACUGGUGCAGAGUUACCUCUCCGGAUUGGGCUGGGGUAGAUAUUCCAACGAGCUGUUCCCGGUGCUGGAAGGUUUUUUUGACGGCGACGGGCUCUUCGCUCACGAGCGGCUCGGCUUCGCGGACUUUUUGGACAAAACCGAAGACGCCCUGGAAGAGUUGGCCCGCCAUUUGGGGGUGAGCGAAGACGGGGUGGACGAUUUCGAAGAUGACAUCCUGAAGCAGCUGGGGGUGGCCCCCAGACGCAGAUCCACUCGGGGAGACGGCACCAAAGAGCGGAGCCAUCCUAAGAACCGGGCGUACGGUUAAGUCCUUCUUUUCGACCGGCGUGGCGAGGGUCGCGUGGACUUUGGUGGAAGCCUCAAGGGAAGAACCUCCUUAAUUUCCUUGCCAAGUUUUUUUGUGGGUACGGGGGGCUAUUUCCCCCCUACCCUCUCUUCAAACUCUAUAUCCCAUCUUAUACAUCCAGUGAGAUUAUUAGCUGAUGCCUCCGAGUUCCCCUUUCCUCGAUCCAUGUUUUGGGUUUUAAAUAUUGUCCCCUUUGACCCU